AUGACUGUAGGGAACAAUCAAAUGAAAGUGUACAAUGUGGAAAAUAGGUUGGUACUGUGUGCACCAUUAUCACAAAGCAGAACAUUCCAAGUCAAAUUUCAGAGUUCAAAUUCACAAUGCCUUGCUAGUGAAGUAAUCCAUGAAGCAGCUUCACUAUGGCAUCUGAGAACUCCAAAGGAAAAGGGAAGAAAUUGCUUGGUUGGCAAGCAAGCCAGAAAAUUGAACCAACAUCAUUCUACUGCAACAAUUCAACCAACAUUAGCACAUGAUGAAGCUCAAGUUAGAAGAGCAGAAAGAGCAUCAAAGUCACAUGUAUGGAGGAAAGCAAUGGAAGAUGAGAUUCAAUCCAUUGAAAAGAAUAAUGCAUGGAAGUUAAUGUCACUACCUACUAAAAGGAAGCCGAUAGCAGUGAAACAAGUAUAUGAAGUGAAGCACUUACCUGAUGGCUCAAUUGCAAAACACAGGGCAAAACCUGUGGCCAGAGGACUCUCACAAAAUUCUGGCAUUGAUUUCAAUAAAAUGUUCUGUCAAUCAGGUGUUGAGACAGAUGUUGGAACAUCGUGUGGAACAUCUGUCCACAGUGUGCCAGAAUUUCAAUUGGAAAUCUUGGCACCAGUUGCAAGAUUGGAAACAGUAAGACCUGUGGUGGUAAUAGCAAACCAAGUGAAUUGGCAGAGUGUUCAACAAAAUGUCAAGUCUGCAUUUGACAAUGGCAAACUUGAGGAGGAAGUAUAUGUUGAACAACCACAAGGUUUCAAAGUAGAUCUCAGGGUUGACUUUUGUUGA